AUGAAUCUUCGGCUCAAUGUUCUUCAGAUCACUAUUCGCAGCGUUCGCGCACGUAUAUACCGUGCAGAUAAUCCAAAUCCAGCUUCAAUAAAGGUUUUCUACCGCGAGGAUCCUCUUCGAUUGGAGAGAGGAAGAUUCGUCGUUGCGUCAACGGAACUGUCACAUCCUAAAACUCAACCUUACAUCCACGAUUCCAUCGUUAAAGUUGUCCACCGCGGAAAACAGUACAAGUUCAGAGUAUUUUUUAAACGACACAAAUCACUUCCCAUCAACCAAGCGAUUCUCCAGCUAAUCGGUGCUCCGAUGGAUGGAGACGUCUUAGUUGUCGCUUGUGGCACAAAGGUUGGCGUUAAAAACUUUCGAACCAGGUUGGAAGCGCGCGCAGCAGACAAAGCUGUCAAAAGGUUUGCGCAAUACAUAGCACCUUUCAGGACGAGACGCACUUUCCCAGCAUUAGUAUACCUAUGA